AUGGCCUUCAGAAAGAAGUUGUGCUGUUCAUGGGACUUUUCCAGCUCCCGUGCUAUCGAGUUGGACAACUUAGAUCGCGAGAGCUACCGAUGUCGGUCGGCUGUAUCCAGUGGUCGUGACUCAAGCGGUCUUCAUGUUCAACAGCACACGGGUGCUUCGCGACAGCCGAAACUCGUCUUCUCGGACUCGGACAUUUGCGAAGACGUGCUCGCGACCAUGUCAAAGCUUCAAGCAGCAGCGCUCAACGAUCAUGACAAAGAACAUGACAACAGGUGGAAGCUCCGUUCGGGCAAGAACGGGGUCGAGGUGGCCGAACUGAAGCCGCCCUACUUGUCCCUGGUCCAGCCUCACGACGAUAUCGAUCUGUUGCAUGCAGUAACGGCGAAAACCGAGCUCCGGUGUCACUUGAACGAAGCUUUGAGUGUCCUGCUGCACCAGGAAUCGGACAGCUAUGCUUCGACCAUGAAAGCUCUUUGCGGGAAGCAGUUCAAGACAGGUCACGUGCUUUUUCACCAAAGUGUUGGGCUCCACACGCCUUCGUCCAUUGCAAAACAAGCAGGUGGAGCUCCUCACCAAGCAGUGAUUUCCGUCGUUUCAGCCAGGAUGGGGCCGCCUCGAUCGAGCUUAAAGAUGCGGUUGCAGUCGCGUCAGCACCGAACGCAACAGCUCGUUUUUUCAACGUACACGCAUCAACAUGCGGACAAGAAACAUGCCGUGCAUUUGAUGAAGACGGUACCGAAGGACGUUUACAACCAGAUACUGCCGGACGCAGAGGAGUCGGUGCUACGCACUGGGAUCGAUCACCUUGGCAUUGGUUUUGACUUGCAGUUCACUCCUAGCACUGGAGGAAGUAUGCGACAACGUACUCGAAUCUUCGCUCAUGCGUAUGCAUCGGAGAAACCCACGCGAGCGUUUUCAACGCACGUUUCGCGUGAUCCUGAGGUGGAUGACACCACUUGUCCAGCUCAUGUUUUGACACGUCGUCGAGCUAUGCUCCUGAACUCGGAAGCUCGAGGCGUGAUGCGGAUACUGACCGAGUCACUGGAACAAUUUGACCGCGUCAUUCGUCGCCGUCGCUUUGGUUUCCAGUCCUUCAUCUACUUUCCAAAGGUGAACGCCGACCUGUUGUUUGAACGGUGCUGUCUGGUCUGCAACAAGAGCUUCAGCCUCUUUCGUCGAGAGUUCUACUGCCAACUCUGUGGGCACAUGGUAUGCAACGACUGCUCGGAGCAGUACGACGUCGAAGUGCGUAUUGGAGAGAUCCGGAAAAACCGUUGCUGCAGACUGUGUGUGGUCCGGGUGGACGCCUGCAAGUACGACGACGAAGACUUGCUCCCAGCGCUGGGUCCCAUUAUUGUGGAGACUCCUUCCGAAGACUGGAUUCCGAUCGACAAGUCAAUUCUGAACUCGUCAAGCCGAGACGACAAUGGUGAUCAGAAUGAGUCGAAGGAGAAUGAAGAAAUCGAUCGGAUGGAGAGAGUAGAUUCGGAAGAUGCUGAGGCAGGUAGUCGAUCUUUGGAGACGCUCGGCAACCUUUUGAGCAGGUCUUGCAGCACUUUAUCGUCUACUAGUACUGCCUUCUCGUCAAAGCUUUUGAACGGAGCCAGCCGAAGCAAGACCAAGCUGCUGCAAUCGAGAACUCGGAACAUGGCUCAGGUUCAUCGGGUCUUGAAUAGUGUCGAAGAGCAUUUGAACAAGACGCUGUGGAAAGCCAAGUUACAAAUGACAGUUGACGCUUGCGACGUGAGUGACCGGACGCGGGACUACAAGUAUAAAUACGAUGCGAGCCAAGUCAGUCACGCAGAUAUUCCAUUGGCACCAAAGCCGGAAGCACAGAAAGAUGCUCGUCGCAUCGAGUUGAUCAAAGGGUCAGGAGCCUUGCGAGCAGAUUACGAUCGGUCAGCCUUGGAUCUGAUUGCCGAAGUCGCAGCGAAACGUCUCAACUGUCCAAUUGGAGUCGUCUCGAUGGUCGAUGACAAGCAGUUCCAUGCAAUCGGCCACUACAAUCUUCCAGCAGAAGCCCACCUUCUUCCGCGCAAUGAGGUCCUCUGUAUCCAUUCCGUCUACGCUGAGAAACCGCUUGUGGUCAAGAAUCCUCAGCGGGAUAUGCGGUUUUCGAAAAUGCCGUGUGUCAAUGACCUUGGGGUCAAGUUCUACGCGGGGUUUCCACUACGAGCAUCGAGUGGGGAGGUCAUUGGCAACUUGUGUGCUCUCGACGGCGUCGCGCACAAUAACAUCUCGACGAAAGACUACGCAACGAUGGAAACGCUGGCUCAAUUGGCAUCGGAUUUGUUGCUACAGAACUUUUCAGAGACGUGA